UGUGAGGAAUGUAUUGGAAGAAUGUAUAGUUUUCUCCUGUCUACCUAUAUAACAUAAAUUGAAAUACAAUACAAACUGAAAAAAUUAUGAAGAAAAAAAGAAAUGGUUCGUCUGUUAUCAUUAUUAUUCUGGUUAAUCUGCUACUACCAGAUGAAUCACUGGGGGAUUCAAGACUUCAGUUGGUUCAGAUCGAGUGUAAGAGCCAGCCUGAACACGAGAUUCACAACACCAACAUUUUUAUCCGAAACUUCGUCAUCACAAUGGAAAAGUUAAGAGUGAAAAUGCAUACUUCAGGUUAUGGCACAGCAGUAACGAGCUCAGGACCCGAUGCUAAUUAUGGACUAGCAGAAUGCUAUGGUGAUCUUUCUGUACAAGAUUGUGGGUUAUGCUAUGCUGUAGCGCGCACAAUUCUUCCUCUGUGCUAUCCAGUCAAUGGAGGAAGGGUUUUCCUCGAUGGUUGCUUCAUAAGAGCCGAGAAUUAUAGAUUCUUUCAGGAGUACACUGGACCAAAUGACAGGGCCGUAUGUGGUAAUAGAACGCAAAAGAAUUUUGGAUUUCUGGUAUCUGCAAGGCAGGCUGUUAAACAAGUAGCUUCAGCAGCACCAAACAACAAAGGCUUUGCACGAAUUCAAGUGCCUGCGUCGGGGAUGACAAAUGAGUCGGCUUAUGUUAUUGCUCACUGCUGGAGGACACUUAGUGAUGACUCUUGCAGAGCUUGUUUGGAGAAUGCGUCAGUGUCUAUACGGGGAUGUUUGCCAUGGUCUGAGGGUCGGGCACUGAAUUCAGGGUGCUUCAUGAGAUACUCCGACACCAACUUCCUUAAUCCUGUACAAGUAAAUAGAAGUCCUAAUCCUAGACAGGGAAAUGGCAGUUCAAGAGGGAAAAUAACAGCUCUCAUAGUGGCAUCUGUUAGUUCAAUAGCUGUUUCGGUAAUUGGAGCAUUUGUUGGGGUUUAUAUCUGGAAACACAAAAGAAUACAGAAGAAGAGAAAAGGUGAUGCAGAGAAACUAGUGAAGCUUCUUUACAAUAGCUUCAAAUAUUCCACACUUGAGAAAGCAACUGGUUUUUUUGACGAAGCUAACAAGCUUGGGCAAGGUGGAUUUGGCACAGUUUAUAAGGGAGUGUUGGUAGGUGGAAGAGAAAUAGCUGUGAAGAGGCUAUUCUUUAACAACAAACAUAGAGCAGCAGAUUUCUACAAUGAAGUCAACAUUAUUAGUAGCGUCGAGCACAAAAAUCUGGUCAAGUUGUUGGGGUGCAGUUUCUCGGGACCUGAAAGUCUGCUUGUAUAUGAAUUUCUACCAAACAAGAGCCUUGAUUUCUUUAUCUUUGAUCCAAACAAAGGUAAAGAGCUAAAUUGGGAGAAGAGGUUUGAGAUAGUUAUAGGGACAGCAGAAGGAUUGGUCUACCUUCAUGAAAACACGAACACAAGAAUUGUUCACAGAGACAUCAAAGCAAGUAAUAUCCUCUUGGACUCAAGAUUCCGUGCUAAGAUUGCCGAUUUUGGGUUGGCAAGGUCUUUUCAAGAAGAUAAAAGUCAUAUCAGCACCGCCAUUGCAGGAACAUUGGGAUAUAUGGCUCCAGAAUAUUUAGUUCAUGGCCAAUUGACAAAAAAGGCAGAUGUGUAUAGUUUUGGUGUACUUCUUGUUGAAAUUGUCACUGGAAGACAGAACAACAGGAGCAAAGCCUCCGAGUACUCGGACAGCUUAUUAACUAUAGCAUGGAAGCACUUUCAGCAAAGAAAAGUAGAUGAGCUGAUCGACCCAAACUUAACGAUGCAUAACUAUCACGAUAUUGAUGUUAAAAACGAGAUUCUACGGGUGGUUCAUGUCGGACUCUUGUGUGCUCAAGAGAUCCCAUCCCUACGACCAUCCAUGUCUAAAGCACUAGAGAUGCUGGUGAAGAAAGAAGAGCACCUUCCUCCACCGUCUAAUCCCCCUUAUAUAUACGAGACCGUGGAACUUAUUGACACACUCGAAUGUGGCAAUCCUGCUUCAACUGCUACCAUUUCCCAGAGUAUCUUCUAUCCCAGAUGACAUCAAAAUUGAUAGUAUUCCAAGAAAAUGCUGACUGCUGAAAUGUUUUGAAUGGUAGUGAUGCACUUGAAGCACGUCAGGAUAAAAUCAUCACUCAAUUCAUGUAAAUCAAAGGAGGAUUCAUGCACUUUCUUUACAUUGAAAAACAUUAAUCAUAGCCUUCUAGUUGUACGGACUAGGCAGCAUUGUUUAUAUAAAUUUGAUACAUUUUGGAGCUUCUUCAAUUCU